CGUUGUCGCGUCAAUAUGAAGCGGUCGAUGAAAAGCUCCGAAGACGCAAGUUGUGACCGACACGACACGAGAUAGCCGAGGUAGAGAAGUAGAGAGUAAAAGGAGAAGAGUACCGGUGAAGUAAAUUUAGGAGUCGCAAACCUCGACCGAAUCAUUGUCGCGACUCUCGUCCAAAGUGUCUAGUUGGAAUCAUGACAGAUCCCGAGACAUCGCGCGAGGUGAACCUGAGAACCUCGAGUAUCGUGCGCAUCGCGUAUCAUCAAUUGAGCGUCAUGUGCGGCACGCACGAUCCUAUCACGCCGACAAGCGUCAGCAAUGAUACGGCGGAUGCGAAUGCACGCAACAUAACAUGCACAGGUCGAUUGUUGGCGCUACCGGUGUUCGCCUCCGCGUCAGCGGCACUUUGCAACGCUUACGCGGUUACGAAGAAUUCACACGAGUCGGUCGCGGCAAUUUUAGGCAGCGCGGAGGACGGGGUGCGUGCAGGAUUGGAGUUUGCGAGUCCCGUGACCGACAAAAUUGCCAAUGUUUUGGAAACGCCGUUUAAGGCGAUAGACAACGCGGUAUGCGUCGGGUUGGAUUUUGUAGAGGAGAAAAUGCCCUCCGUGAAGCUGCCGCCUGAUCAGAUUUAUGCAAGCAUGAAGGACGGUCUCAGGAAUAUGUUUACAUCAGCUCUAGAAACGUUCCGACUUUUGUUCGGUGGGACAAAGAAUCAAAUAGAAGAUUUAUCAGUUACGAAACAGACUGUACAAGAGGAAAUUCGGAAAGUGUCUAGUUGAAUAGUAAAAAUGAUUCGCACAAUCGACGUAUUUUCGCCAUAAGAUAUCAUUUGCGAUAUUUAUAAUAGAAUCAUUCGCCAUAACGGAUCAUAAAGAUAACAUAAAACAUUGCAAUAUCAAAGCAAUCAAGAUUAUGACAAUGGAAUUGUCUUGAUAGCAAGAUAUUUGUU